UAAUUGAAAGGUGUAGCUAAUUGUCUAAUUACUCGGUCUGAUUUUAGAAUCAAAGGGUUUGCAGAGUAUACGCCCAAUAUCAGUAUUAGUAGGUCUAAUGUGUUGCGAAAUGAUAUCGACAGCUGAAUGUUUUGUUUCGUUUCGCUCAUAUCGCUUUCUCACAGAGGGACAGUAGUUCAACUAUUCUCUGAAAAUGUUUGCCUCCGCGUUUAUUCUCUCAUUACUGAUAUCACUGCAGCUUUCUUCUUCUUUGGGAAGCUGCAGCAGUCCUGUCUUCUCUGUCUGUUGGGUUCUAAACGUCAGCGCCUCCGCGAAGAGACCAGAUACCAAGAUAUGGCUGGACAGCAAUGAACUUACACCCAUAGGAAGUAAAGGCAAACUGGUGUCGUUGAUAGUAACGACACUGGAUGUACACACAUUACGCGCGGACUAUGAAGGAAUCUCCCAUGUGUGGAACUUUUCAGUUGUUUCCGAUUCCAUCAAUGUGAGCAGUGCGCACAGAACUGCGUAUCUCCCCCCCAGCAGAAGUGGGGAAGCUCUCAAGGCAUUCCAGCCAAAUGAAGUGUUUCCCUGUGAAAACGACACUCAUUAUCUCUACCAAAAGGAGGACUUUAUCAUUGCACUUGGCCACACCCACCGCUUUCCACUGAGGGCGGAGUCUCGGGGUGCCUCCACGCUAUUGGUCUCCUGGCGAGGGAGCCCCCGUGUCCCCCCCGACCCCCUGCACAGAGUGGCGCUGUACCGGGCGGACCUGGAUGGCCUGGCGGUCCUGUGCAACGAGACCACGCACAGGUGGCACUACCGAUUCGCUGGCCUGGACGGCUGCCGGAGCUACGUGGCGUGUGUGGAGAUGGCGCUCGGCCCCACAGUCCUGUGCCUCACCGCGCUGACCGAUCCUGACGUGCCCAGGAACUUCAGGGUGACCGCUUGGGACAGCAACAGCGUGACCGUGGGAUGGGACUGCCCCCCGAGCGACCCCGCCUCGGGCCUCACCGCCUUCCUGCUCACGGUCUUCCACGUGGACGGCUCUGGCCACGUCCUGGAGGAGAGGAGCUUCAGACACACGCUGGGCAGCCCGGUGUUCACCGUGGGCAGCUUGCCUCCCUGUAGCAGGGUGCAGCUGGGGCUUCAGGUGGUGUGCCAGUCUGUGGGCCAGUCUGUGGGCCAGUCUACGGGCCAGUCCCGCCUCAGCAGGAUGGUCCUCAGCGAUGGAAACUCUGCAAACUCUGAAAUCAUAAACCUACACCAGUCCUCCUUUGGCUCCCACAACUAUACGGUGAGCUGGUCCGUGCAGAACAUCUCCUCCAUCUCCAGCUUUAAGGUGUACCACCAGGGGGAGCUCCAGAGCUCCACGCUCCUCACCUGGCACACGGUGACAGGCCUGCUUCCCUGCCAACAGUACAGCUGCAGGGUGGAGGCCCUGUGUGGGGACAGCACGGUCAUGAGCGUUAGCACCAUCCAGACAAAAACAGGACUGCAGGUUCACCUCCCCAGCCAUGAAAUGUUCCUUGUUGUGCCAUGGACAAUGCCGCCAUCGCUGGAGGAUCCGAGGGCAGAAGCUCGAGUCCUGCUGGAGGGCAUUGUUAAAAGCAAGCUGCAGAACUUACUGAGUAAGUUCUGGCCAAAAGCGGAGGUGCAGCUGAUCUCGUUUGAAGACAGCGAUAGGAAAACAAAAACCAAGAUCACUUUUGAAAGCUUUGAUGUUUCCAGCCAGGAUGGGGUAGUGAUCCUCCGCCCUGAGGAGCAGCUGCAGCAUAUUAUCUCUCUCGGCCACGCCCACAUCACCGUCACAGACGACAGCAUCUACUGGGACGAGAAGGGGAUGUUCACGCUAUGCCUGAAGGACCAUGUAUCUGGGGGCAUCUCCAAGCCUUUCCUCAUCCACUACUUUGGCGGGAAUGUGACUGUUGUUCUCAAUGAUGGUCGCUGCUCCAUCAACGAGACGGACAAGUUUUAUUAUUACAGGAUAACUGGCGCCCCCUCCCAGUGUGGAGGCCAAACGCUUAUUAACAGGACGCAUGUGGAGUUGAGGAACGCGCUGACUGUGACGCUCAGCAGCGGGAGAUCCAUCACACGGAGGGACCUGAAGGUGCUGUGGACCUGUGCCUACCCGCUGCUCCAGACCAGCACAGCCCACAUGAAGCCUGGUCUGGACUGGGUUACCUCUCACAGUGUGGUGCAGGUGAAUUUGUCCCGCCUCCUGGAGAUCAGCAUGGCCUUGUACAGUGACUCAUCUUACGCAUACAACUACACUGGCCCUGUGGAGCUCCCUUCUGCAGAGCAGCUGUACAUCCAGGUGACCCUGCACUGUGAAGACAGCCUGGCCUACAACAUGAGCCUACAGCUGGAGUCCUGCUGGGCCACACAGACCGCAGACCCACAAGAGGAGAAGAAGGCUUUUUUCCUGAAGGGGGGCUGCCCAAACGACAGAACCUUCCGCUGGUACCUCCGGAGCAGUUCCCCUCAAAGGAAGAGGUUCUCCGUUCAGAUGUUCACCAUGUCUGACCACUCCCACAUCUACCUUCACUGCCUGAGCAGAAUAUGCAGCCAAGAUGAGAACUGCACAAUGGUAACUCCCCACCACUGCAAUCUGUACACAAUGAACUGCUCUCCCAGGCAAAACCAAAAGGUGAGAAGAGAUCUACCGGACAAACUCACAGCUAUUCUUUCAGCAGGACCCAUCUCUGCAGCAAAGCGGAAACUGACAAACUGGCCUGGAGCCCAGAUCAUGCUAUCAGUGGCCGGAGGAGUGAUUGGCCUCUUUUUUCUAACAGCACUGGGUGUGCGUGCAGCACACGCUAUAACACAGCGCAACCCCAGACAUCAAUAAAGUGUGUAUACCUGCA